AACGCCGCUGCGGCCAGAAUCGUUCUGCGGAAAGGCCGGGCUCUUUUGGGGAAUGCACACAGGAACCGGAAGUCAGUGGAGGAGGACUGAACGGUGGGGACGUACUCGUUUGACUCGGAAAAUGAACGCCCCUAGUGUCCUCAUGGCGGGAGGGAGGUGGAGAUUUUUUCCAGUACCAUUAGGAUGGUCCUCGUUCCAGGCCCUAAUUCCCGACGUUGCUUUUUGUGACAAAACGACAAAGGAGUCUGGGAAGGCCCUUGACAAGCUCUUCUCUUCGGAACAACAGGCUUCCAUAUUGCAUGUGUUGAAUACAGCAUCUAAUAAUGAACUCGAAGCUUUCAAAUUACUUCGUGGAAGAAAGUCCCUCAAUCUUGUAGAGCACAGAAAAAAGUUUGGGCCAUUCCAGAAUUUGGAGAGUUUAAUGAAUGUGCCCUUGUUCCAGUAUAAAACUACCGUUCAGAUUUGUAACUCCAUUCUUUGUCCAGAGACUGAUGCGAAAAAGAAAAAGUCACAGGAAAACCGGCUCUUGAAAAAGCUCCUCAAACCAGAAAUAGAAAGAGAGAGACUUAAGGCAGUUAACAGUAUCGUAUCCAUUGUUUUUGGUACUCGGAGAAUUGCCUGGGCUCACCUUGAUCGCAAAUUGGCAGUGCUGGACUGGCAGCAUAAAGAAUGUUGCCAGUUGGUGAAAGGAACAUACACAUCAUCUGUCUAUUUAGAAGAGAUUUCUCCGGUCGUUUCAAAGAUGCCCAAAGCUGACUUCUAUGUUCUGGAAAAAACAGGACUUUCCCUUCAGAACUCAACUCUGUUUCCUAUACUGCUACACUUGCAUAUCAUGGAAGCCAUGCUGUAUGCCUUAUUAAACACAACUUUUGCCCAGCGUGGCCAGCAUCAGGUGCUGAGCAUGAAUCGAAAUGCAGUGGGGAAGCACUUUCAGCUGAUGCUGGGUGACAGCCGCACUAGUGGAAAAGAACUAGUGAAGCAGUUCCUCUUAGACGCUGUGCUGAAGGAGGAGCCUCGGGUAUUCUUCCCGUCAGAUAAGAUAGUCCACUACAGGCACAUGUUUUCAGCGACUGACCAAUACAGAAUAGAAGAGUUGUAUGAUUCAUUAUUACAAGCUGUUGCCUUCUAUGAAUUGGCAGUGUUUGACCAUGAACCUUAAAAUUCUGAUCACUAACAUAUGAUCUGCUCUAUUUAUUAGCUUUAAAGUUGUAAAAAAAAAAAAAAAGUUUUGACAUCCAUGUUAAUGGAAAAGAAAACAUGGUUUGAGUGUAUUUAAUGUUUAAAGUCAGAUUUUUGGCUAUUGAAUGGUUUAUACAAUAAGCCAAGGCCAAGUUCAUAAAUAUCUUUGUGAGAUUUUCUACCUUUUAGGUUUAAGUGUUAAACAGUAAGAUACUUCCUAAGCAGUCUAAAUAAGAAACAAAGUUAUCUUCCUUUAAAAGCAAAUAUCUAUAUUAAAGAACUUGCUGAAAAAGGGAAUGAAUUUUUCCGGGUGGUGCUCGUCGUGGGAAUAAAGCUAAAUAUAGUUGAUAACACAACUUGUGGAAUCCUCUUCUUACUCUGUAAAUAGAGUGUGGUUUGAUGCACAACCUCCAGAAGGUGAUUUUCAUCAGCUCAAUCUCUCAAGCCCAGAAUAAACAAGCUUUGUCUAAUAGGCUCACUAUCUUACUUUGAAAUCUUUUAGUUGACGGACCAUCUUUUCUUAAAAGUAGCACUUUCCACAUCUCUCCAUUUUCCAUUUUAUCUGCCUUAGUUCAGACCGUCAUUAUAUCUCACUUGUACUGAACCCAACUCUCUGAUGUCAAAGCAUUAAGCUAUUUCUUUAAUCUAAACGUGAAAUAUACUUUUGGGGGAAAAUUCAAAUAAUCA